AACUACCAACGAAGUUCCACAACCUGUUUGCACGCAUGCCCCAACUGAUGCUGACUGGAGUUUCCGUCCGUGUGGUCUAUAACCUGUCCGACGUAGAGGGUUGUGCCAGCCAGUGUGCUCGUCAGACCGUCUUCGAUUGUCGAUCCUUCGACGUGGACAACAAGCACCGGGCCUGUAAGCUUUACAACACCAGCCACGAGGAUGGAAAGGCAUAUCUUCAAGAGUCCAUCUAUACUGAUCAUUAUCGAACUGCCUUUGAGAAGCUGUUCAACCGUCUCCCAAACCACGUGCUCACGGUUAAACACAAGAGAAAGAUUCCGGAUGUCAGCGUGGAACAAUGCGCGCGCAGGUGUAUCUUUGAGCAGAGCUUCCGGUGUGCUGGCUUUGACUAUGAGCCCGGAUAUGCCAACUGUUGGCUCACGCACCUGACAGUCUCUGAGAGUGAUGGCGCCAAGUUUCAUCCAGGGGCAGACUUCUAUGAGCGGGAUUUUGGGGGCGCACUCUCUAAUUUCAUCAGUUAUGGAUCCGGCUCCCUGCCCUAUGUGGACGACCGACCCAUUUACACCAAGACCAUGUUUGGCCUUGACCUAGGGGCCUGUGCUCAAGUAUGCCUUUCACAGACCUCCUUCGAGUGUGCCAGUUUCGACUACUCCUUCGGUGAUCGAUCUUGUCAUAUGAGUCGCUACGUGGCGUCUAAUGUGGGUGGUAUCGAUAAUGACAACAACAUGCCCACCUAUCGUGUUAUGCAUUAUGAGAAGAAAGGGGUCAGUUUGGAGAGGUUCCAGGCCACGCCUUAUAGCAUCGUCCUGGGAGAGAACGACAAGACCUUGGAGAGAGUGACGGCCGAGAGAUGUGCCCAAGCCUGUCUGGAGGAGACUGCUUUCGUCUGUCGUUCCUUCGACUAUCAG